CUCCCCAGCUGCUUUCCUCCCGCCAGCAACCGGAGCCGCAUCCUCGCCGCCGCGGCUCACGUGUAGCUCUCGCCGCCGUUCUCGCGACCGGACCCGACUCUGACCCAGCCGCCGCUAGGAUGGCAGCCACUACAGGUUCGCUGGAGGCGGUGAAGCGCAAGAUCCAGGCGCUGCAGCAGGAAGCCGACGAGGCCGAGGACCGCGCCCAAAUCCUGCAACGCCAGCGCGACCAGGAGCGGGAGCUGCGCGAGAAAGCUGAAGGAGAGGUGGCCGCUCUUAAUCGCCGGAUCCAGCUGGUGGAAGAAGAGUUGGAUCGCGCCCAAGAGCGCCUGGCCACAGCUCUGCAAAAACUGGAGGAGGCAGAGAAAGCAGCUGAUGAGAGUGAGAGAGGUAUGAAGGUCAUUGAAAACAGAGCUAUGAAGGAUGAGGAGAAAAUGGAGAUUCAAGAGAUGCAACUGAAGGAAGCCAAGCACAUUGCUGAAGAAGCUGACCGCAAAUAUGAGGAGGUUGCCCGUAAGCUUGUCAUUCUGGAGGGAGAACUGGAAAGAGCUGAAGAACGAGCUGAGGUGUCUGAACUGAAAUGCAGUGACCUGGAGGAAGAACUCAAGAAUGUCACCAACAACCUGAAGUCCCUUGAGGCUCAGUCAGAGAAGUAUUCUGAAAAAGAGGACAAGUAUGAAGAGGAAAUCAAGCUUCUGACUGACAAGCUGAAGGAGGCUGAAACACGAGCUGAGUUUGCAGAGAGAACAGUUGCUAAACUGGAAAAGAGCAUUGAUGAUUUGGAAGAAAAAGUUGCCCUAGCAAAAGAAGAGAAUUUGACUCUGCACCGAACGCUGGAUCAAACCCUCUGUGAACUGGGCAGCAUAUAAAUCUGUGGGGGAAGCACCCAGAUUUGGAAGGUCAAGAAAAAAAAAAACCCUGACAGUCAUGUUUGGAUUGGCAGCUUCUUUUUCUGAACCCACUUUUCUUUUCUUUUCUUUCACAUUCUGCAAAGAGCAAAUAUGGGACCAAAUCUUUUCUCCCCCACCCUGAAAUAUUAAGGCUUUAGGCACAAACUGAAUGUAGGCUUCUGUUCUUACCCUGUCUUAUAUGACAAGCACAUUGCGAAACUGGAAAAGUUGUCUUUUUUAAUCUUUUUUUUUUUUUGUACGUUGGUCCUUCCAAGGUGCUAGGCCCAUCCAGUACUGGAAACACACAUUCCAUAUGAUGUGUUCUGCAGAAAAUUGCUUUUCAUGGCAGUUUGCAACACAAAACACAUUUGCCCUGUGUGUGAAUCUGGAUGGAUCCUCUGUGGUAGUCUCAUGUCCUUGGUUUCUGUUAAAACAGUGCCAAAGAAUCUUUUCUGCCUUAGAUUCUUGGGUAUUAAUGUGAAUAAGGGAAAUCUCCUUGCAAAAAUGUAACAAAAGACAAAGUAGCCUGCACAUUCCUUAGGCAGCUCAAGGCUGGAAACACAAUUCUAUCAGCACAACUGGAAAAGGGGGAAUUCUCUCCCCACUCCACCUCCAAUCCUUGCAAAAGCCUUCCAAAUCUCCUCCAGAGCAGAUAGGGAACAAGGGCAUAGUAAGGGGAAGGGCAGGGCUGGACUGUUCUCUUGGACACAUGGGCUUUAAUUCGCAUAGCACUGGAUUCCACUGCGGGUGCCUUAAUUAUAAAGGCUGCAACUGUUUUUCUAGUUUAGACCAAUGUUCUAAAUAAUGUCCUUUUUGGUUCAUCUCCUUGAAGAUUUGAGAUGCAGGGGAAAAAACCCCCACAUUUUCCUGUUGGUCUACUUCCUUGUGCUCUGAUAGGAAAAGAGUUGCUUGUGGUUUUUUUUUACUUCUGUAUUUAUUCAAUUUUGCAAGGUGGGGGAAAAUUGCCAAAUCAAUCUGUAUUAAAACUUUCUGACUCCUGUAAGAGAACCCUGUAACAUGAUUUUUGAUCUAAUAAUAAUUUUUUUAAAGUA